AUGGAAAAGAUCCACAAAACCAAAACCGGGAACAUGCUGAUUACGCUCUCAAAGAAGAGUAUUGACAAAUGUCAAGCCUUGCAAAAGGCCAUCACAGACGUUCUUCAAAAAGAAGCUGAAGUAAUUUGCAAAGGACCGCAGGAGAUGAUCGAAAUUCGAGACCCACCAGAAGGAAGAGCGGCAACUAAUCCCUCCCCCCGCGAAGAAAUGCUUUACGGCGAUACCAUGGGGGAUCAGAGGAUAAAAGAGAAAGGGGUUUAG